AUGUGGGGGUACAAAUCCAUCAAUCGCACCGAGCAUGGUGACCCUCAUGCUCAUGACUUCAGCAAAGCAUCGAUCUACGAUAAUGAGCCUUAUCGGUUGAGUGUCGAACAGUGUGUUGAGUUAUACCAUACUGACCUUGAUAAUGGGUUGCAUGAGUCAAAAAUUGACAGCUUGAUCCAUCAGUAUGGCGCUAAUAAUUUAGGCGAUGACCACACUAUCUCCUACAUGGGGAUUCUUGCCCACCAACUUUUCAACGCCAUGGUACUUGUAUUAAUCAUCUCUAUGGUUAUUACCUUUUGCAUUAAAGAUUGGAUUUCCGCUGGGGUUAUUGCAUUUGUGGUAUUCAUCAAUGUGUUCGUCGGCUUUAUCCAAGAAAUUAAGGCCGAAAAAACCAUGGGGUCCUUGCGCUCAUUGAGCUCCCCUUCAGCUACCGUCAUUAGAAGUGGAAACACCUGCACCAUCAAUGCAGAAGAAUUGGUUCCUGGUGAUAUUGUCAAGAUUAGCGUGGGUGACACCAUUCCAGCGGAUUUGCGUUUGGCCAAUGGCAUAAAUUUUGAAACCGAUGAGGCUUUGUUAACCGGAGAGUCUUUACCAGUUGCUAAAAAUCCUGAAAAAGUUUAUAUGGGCGAAGAAGCUGUUCCUGUUGGUGAUCGCUUAAACAUUGCCUAUUCUUCUUCAGUGGUUACGAAAGGCCGUGCCACCGGAAUUGUCGUGGCCACCGGCUUGCACCAGGAAAUUGGGAAGAUCGCUGAUUCUUUGAAAUCAUCCGAUGAGGAUAUUAUUGUAAAACCAUCUGCUGAAAUAUCUACCUCAAAGGCUUUUGCUAAAACAUUCUUAAAUAUUAUCCAAAAUGUUUUGGGAACUAACGUGGGAACUCCAUUACAACGGAAAUUGUCUUGGAUGGCAAUCCUUCUUUUUUUUGUUGCAGUUGUCUUUGCAAUUAUUGUCAUGGCGUCACAUAAGAUGGUCGUCAAUACCACUGUCGCCAUUUAUGCCAUUUGUGUGGCCUUAUCAAUGAUUCCAUCAUCCCUUGUUGUGGUUUUGACUAUCACUAUGGCAGUUGGCGCUGAAGUCAUGGUUACCAAAAACGUUAUUGUUCGAAAGCUUGAUUCUCUUGAAGCAUUGGGAGGAAUCGAUGAUAUUUGUUCAGAUAAAACCGGGACAUUGACUUUAGGGAAAAUGAUUGUGAAAAAAGUUUGGGUCUCCACUGUUGGAACGUAUGUGGUGAACGAUUGUACCGAAGUUUAUGACCCAACGGUUGGCACAGUGGGGUUCCAUCCUGCUUCUCCAAAACAAAUUGAUGAGAUGAGCAAUAGACCAAAGUUUGAUUCCGAAGUGAGUUAUCCUAAUAUUUUUAGAAAAUGGAUAACUGCUGCAACCUUGGCUAAUGUGGCAUCAGUUUAUAAGAUUGAAGACAAAUGGGAAGCCCAGGGAGAUGCCACAGAAACUGCAAUUUGUGUGUUUACCAAGAGAUUAGGUUAUGAGAGGGCAGAAAUUAUUGAAUCACAAAAUUUGGAGCACUUGUCAGAAUUUCCUUUUGAUUCAUCGAUCAAGAGAAUGUCUUCAGUUUAUGGUACUGAAAAGGAAGCGACAGUUUAUACUAAGGGUGCAGUGGAACGGAUUCUUGAAAGAUGUGAUAAUUGGUACGGUACUGACCCACAACAAGAAACACUUGUGCCAUUAACUGCUGAUGAUAAGGCAUUGAUUGAAGAAAACAUGGACACCCUUUCCAAAGAAGGUCUUAGAGUGUUGGCAUUUGCAGAACGCUCAAUUGAUACCGCAGAAUCUCUUGAAGAUCGUGACACUGUUGAAUCGGGGCUCACAUUUCUUGGUUUGGUUGGUAUUUAUGAUCCUCCUCGUCCAGAAACCAAAGAUUCGGUUCGUCUUUGCCACAAUGCUGGAAUCAAUGUCCAUAUGUUGACAGGUGAUAUGUUGGGUACCGCCAGAGCCAUUGCCAAAGAAGUGGGGAUUCUCCCAUCGAACUUGUACCAUUAUUCUCAGGAAGUCAAAGAUGCUAUGUGUAUGACAGCCACCCAAUUUGAUGGACUCUCAAAUGAUGAAAUUGAUAGAUUACCAGUGUUGCCACUCGUUAUUGCUAGAUGUGCUCCCCAAACUAAAGUUCGUAUGAUUGAAGCUUUGCAUCGCCGCGGGAAAUUUUGUGCCAUGACUGGUGAUGGGGUGAAUGAUUCGCCAUCCUUGAAGAAAGCUGAUGUUGGGAUUGCUAUGGGUCUCAAUGGCUCAGAUGUUGCUAAGGAUGCUGCUGAUCUUGUGUUGACAGAUGAUAAUUUUGCCUCUAUCUUGCACGCUAUUGAAGAAGGUCGCCGAAUGUCCAGUAACAUUCAAAAAUUUGUUUUACAAUUGCUUGCUCAAAAUGUUGCCCAAGCGUUGUACUUGCUCGUGGGUUUGGCGUUUGUUGAUAGCGAAGGUUACUCAGUAUUCCCAUUAUCACCAGUUGAAGUGCUUUGGAUCAUUGUUGUGACUUCUUGUUUCCCAGCCAUGGGAUUGGGGCAAGAACAAGCCAGUGAUGAUAUUCUUGAGUUGCCACCAAACAAGAGAACAUUUACCAAAGAGUUGGUGAUUGAUAUGUUUGUUUACGGUGCCUGGAUGGCUCUUUGUUGCAUGGUUAUGUUUGUUUGCGUGAUUUAUGGCAUUGGAAAUGGCGAUUUGGGCGAAACUUGUAAUGUCAACAGUCAUGGGUGUGGUUUAGUGUUUGAAGGUCGUUCUACAGCAUUUGCCGGAUUCACUUGGUGUGCCUUAUUAUUGGCAUGGGAAUGCAUUCACAUGAGAUAUUCAUUCUUCAAUAUGAGACCCGAAUCCGAAGAUUCGUGGUAUGUUUCCUUGGCAAGAGAUCUUUGGGCAAACCAAUUUUUGUUAUGGUCAAUUGUUCUUGCUAGUGUUUCGGUGUUCCCAGUUAUUUAUAUUCCUGUUAUCAAUGAGAAGGUAUUUUUGCAUGGGCCAAUUGGACGCGAAUGGGGGAUUGCAGUAGCUCUCACUAUUGUAUUCCUCGUUGGGUGUGAGGGUUGGAAAUGGGCAAAGAGAGUUUACUUCAGAAGAAAAAGUCCAAGAAUAUAUAAGGAUAAGGAAAGUAUUGACCCAUUUUCUGAGUUUUCCAGCAUCAUGACUAAACUGGGAACUUCCAUUCAAAUGCAAAGAGAUAUCGCUUAG